UGAACGACUGAUCUCGCGAGCUUUGCAGUGGUGGCUGGCUGGCGGGUAGUGGGCCCACGCUAACGGAGAAACCGGGCCCAGUGUACGGCGGCGAUAGCCGGCGGGCGGCAAGCGGCAAGCGGCAAGCCCCUCGCUGAGGGAGGCAUCGGGCCGAGCGUAGGGCAGCGGCGGUGGCCGGGCCCGCGGGCAGCACAUCGCCACGAUGAGCAUCCUACUGAAAAUAUCGGAGAUCGAGGCCGAGAUGGCCAGGACACAGAAAAACAAAGCAACGGCUCACCACUUGGGUCUGUUGAAAGCCCGUCUGGCCAAACUACGCCGAGAACUUAUCACUCCCAAAGGAGGAGGUGGAGGAGGACCUGGUGAAGGGUUUGAUGUUGCCAAGACUGGGGAUGCCCGGAUUGGGUUUGUGGGUUUCCCUUCUGUUGGAAAAUCUACAUUACUAAGUAAUCUGGCAGGAGUGUAUUCUGAAGUUGCGGCCUAUGAGUUUACUACUUUGACCACGGUACCAGGGGUGAUUCGCUAUAAAGGAGCCAAGAUACAGCUGCUUGAUCUUCCAGGUAUCAUUGAGGGAGCCAAAGAUGGCAAAGGCCGUGGGCGACAGGUUAUUGCUGUGGCUCGGACCUGUAACCUAAUCCUGAUCGUACUCGAUGUGCUGAAGCCUCUGGUACACAAGAAGAUAAUUGAGAAUGAAGUAGAAGGCUUUGGAAUCCGGCUUAACAAGCAGCCUCCCAACAUCGGGUUCAGGAAGAAGGAUAAGGGAGGCAUUAAUCUGACAUCUACAUGUGGACAGUCUGAACUGGACAUGGAAACUGUGAAAAGUAUCCUCGCUGAAUAUAAAAUCCACAAUGCUGACAUCACAUUACGAGGCGAUUCAACAGCGGAUGACCUGAUAGAUGUGGUUGAAGGUAAUCGGGUGUACAUGCCAUGCAUUUAUGUUCUGAACAAAAUAGAUCAGAUCUCUUUGGAGGAAUUGGAUGUAAUUUAUAAAAUACCACACUGCGUACCAAUUUCUGCACAUCACCGUUGGAACUUUGAUGAUCUCCUGGAAAGGUUAUGGGACUACUUGCAACUCGUUCGCAUUUACACAAAACCCAAGGGGCAGUUACCUGAUUACACUUCCCCUGUUGUGCUACCACAUAGGAAAACUGCAGUUGAAGAUUUCUGCAUGAAAAUUCAUAAAAACCUAAUUAAGGAAUUCAAAUAUGCUUUGGUGUGGGGUGCCUCUGUGAAAUACAAUCCACAGAAAGUUGGCAAGGACCAUGUGAUGGAAGACGAGGAUGUAAUUCAGAUAGUCAAGAAGUAAAAUAGGCCAUGAUUUUCAUUCUUCAUCAAAGUUCCUUUAUCCUGUUUCCCUGAUUAUAUUGAUUUCUGUCACACUCUGCGUGUCAGGAUUGGGACUGUGCACCUCCCUUUGCCCAAACUGCAGCCAGUGUUUCAUCCAAAAUAGUUACACGUGGAAACAAAAGACUUUUUCCAAUGCAAUUGUACAAUUCAUCCAUUAAAAGACUAUUGGAACAUU